AAGAAGAAGAAGCGGUCUCGUGAUCUUCGGCGUGUUUAAGUUUGCUCGCGGAGCGCGCGACUGGCUUUCACGCGCGCAGUUGUUUGAGCUUGUUAACGCUUUGCAUUUACCCGUCUUUGGUUCUCUGUGUUUCCGGGCGUCUGGUCCAGUUUGAGGUUUUUUUUUGAGUAGCUGAAGUUAUAUACAGCAUGGGUCCGAAGCAGAGCAGUCCGUCCGUGGGGGCUCGGAUCCGAUCUUACUCCGGGUCCGAUUUGUCUUGCUCGGACGGGCGAGCUGCGGUUCUGCGCUACUACGCGGGCGACUCGACCGGGCACAUCGGUGAACGGGUCCGGUAUUCGUCGCAGACCGCCGGUGCGUUCGUCCAGAGCGCCGUUAUCCCGACCGGCGGCCGGAGAGAUGAGACAGACGGGCAAAGAGCUCUGCUGAUCGGGUCACUGCCGGCGCACCUCACCCCGCACCUGCUGGCCGCUGGCUUUGACUGUCCCGUCUGCUCAAAGUUUGUCUGUUCAGAUGAAAUAGAUGAUCAUUUGCUGAUGUGUUUCUCCAAACCCAGACUCAAUUAUAACGAUGAUGUUUUGUCCCGGGACUCUGGUGAGUGUUCGAUAUGUCUGGACGACAUGGUCCAGGGGGACACCAUCGCUCGACUGCCCUGUCUAUGUGUCUACCACAAAGGAUGUAUUGACGAAUGGUUUGAGGUCAACAGGUCAUGUCCAGAACAUCCCACAGAUUAACAUCAAAUCAAGUAAAGAAGACCAGCAGACAAGGGCUCAGCUAACGUUUUCUCCAGGAUCUUGCACACUUUGACACUAGAUGAUAAAUCCAUCAUCAUUUGAGGCCUGCACGGACCGAAAACCUGCAGUGCCGAAUCUAAAUGAAAUCAUGCAUAUACUUUGCACAGUUCCUAACAAACCUGAAGACUGUUUAUCAGUAAUCUAGGUGCCAUCUUUACACACGGAGCUCUUUAGGGAUCAGAUGGUGGACUGCAGUAUUACUGCUUCAUAGGUUAGGGGUGACACAUUAGUGGUUUCGUGAUCCAUAACCACAACAGGACUUUCUGUUUUUAACCAAAGUAAGAGUUGUGUAGAAGAUGACGACUGACAGAAUGUAAGUAAAAGAGGAACAUGAAGGACCUAAUCAAAAAAUGUUUUCUGUACACGUAGAUUUCUGAAAUUAUAUUUAAAAUGGUUGAACCAGUUGUGAAUGUUUAGUUAAUUUUUUUUUUUCAAGUGUGCUGCUGUGUAUAUAACAUGUUCUAGUUACAAACUAUAUUUAGAAUUAUAAUUUUAUAUAUAAAUAAAUUCUAAGGGCUCUCGAAUGUA